AGCAGUUUGGAAAGAAAAUAGUGAAAAGUGUGGAGAAUAUAGAAUCUGUUUUCAAUGGGGGAAGAAAAAGUGAAUCAAAUUGUGCAAACUGAAAAGUGUUAAUAUUGAAAGAAUAAUAAAAUUUAAACAAAUCGCUUCAAUAAAAUAUUAAAUUUUAUUAUUAAUCUAAUAAAAUACCAGAAAUUCCUAAGUGAAAAAAGUGAUAAAGUGCAGAGAAAUUACAAGAAGGAAAUUCAGUUGCAAUUCAUUGUAGUCAAAAAAGAAAAAAAAAACAAAGAGGAUUAACAAUCAACGACCGAGCGACGACACCAACUAUAUACAACGACGACGUCUGCGGCGGCGACGACGGGGAACAACACAUACACUCGCUUUCAACAAAAAACCCACUUUAUACAAAAAAGGAAAGAUGUCAACAGGAAGGCCCAUCAAAUGUGUAGUCGUUGGCGAUGGCACGGUCGGCAAGACAUGCAUGUUAAUAUCAUAUACCACAGAUAGUUUUCCCGGUGAAUAUGUGCCUACAGUUUUCGACAACUAUUCAGCACCAAUGCAGGUAGACACAAUACAGGUAUCAUUGGGUCUAUGGGAUACAGCUGGACAAGAGGAUUAUGAUAGACUCCGACCACUCUCAUAUCCACAAACGGAUGUUUUUCUGAUAUGUUUUUCAGUUGCGAGUCCAUCAUCAUUUGAAAAUGUCACCUCCAAAUGGUAUCCCGAAAUAAAACACCACUGCCCAGAUGCGCCCAUAAUAUUAGUAGGUACCAAAAUUGAUUUACGUGAGGAUCGUGAGACUCUUAGUGCAUUGGCAGAACAAGGUUUGGCGCCACUAAAACGGGAACAAGGACAAAAAUUAGCAAAUAAAAUAAGAGCUGUUAAAUAUAUGGAAUGUUCAGCCCUAACACAAAGAGGCCUAAAACAGGUAUUCGAAGAGGCUGUGCGUGCCGUACUAAGACCUGAGCCACAAAAACGACGUCAACGAAAAUGUAUAGUUAUGUAAAUAUCGAACACGUCAUGGUUUAUAUUUAUACAAUUUCCUGCAACUCCUGUUCCCAAAAACAAACAAAAAAACUACAAUGUCCUGUUUCCAAUUCCUCAAAAUAUAUUUUUUAUUAUGUCGUCAUAGUCGAGAUCGCGCCAUUAUCAUCAACUUUAUCCGGGUUAUACGUAUAUCGUCUCUGUCUCUCAGUCUAUCCUACAACUAUCUCUAUCUAUAUAAAUAAUUCUUUUUUAUAUUUUUUGUAUGUAUAUUUAACAAAUGAUGAAAAACAAUAUUAUUUUCUAUUUAAGAACAAGAAACAAGUGAAACAAAUCGAAUUAAAGCAUAAUAUUUGAGAACCUAAUAUUAACAAAACAAAAAAAUUGUCCAAAUGUCCUUUUAAAAGAAAAUUGUCUACAUUUAUUGUAAUUCUAAGAGAUAACACAACAAACACAAACAAAUUAAAUCGAAUCAAACCACUAGUUUUUAUACCUUUUAAACUAUAACAACUAAAAAAAAACAAAGAAACCCUAAGCAGCUAAAACUAGAACUAACUCCUCAAAACACUCUUCCUUCCAAGAAAAGAAAACCUAACUCGAAAUAUAAUUAUUGCUAAUAAGUUUUUAAUUUUUAAAUUAUAAUUUUGUUGAUUUUUUCCAUCAAAGAAAGUCGUCCUUUGCGCCAUUCAUAACAGAUAUAAAUCAUUGUCAUUGCCUAGAUUUGAUAUUUCUCGAGUCAUUUUAUUUUCCAAAAAACAAGAAAUUUAUAAAAAAAAAUUUGUUUUUUAGUUUGUAUUCAUUUUAAACAUUCUCGAAUUUAGUUGAGAUUAUUAUUUUUUAAUCUAUGUUCUGUGUAAUUAUUUAGUUGUUGAUAUAGAACCAAAAUAUAUCUAAAUAUUAUUAUUUAUAAAAAAGAG